AUGAAACCGCCGCCACACGAACACGCUGGGCCGAGUAAGCGGCUGACAUGUGGAACGGCCGUGGCUGCGGCCCAGGGCGCGGUGAGGGAGCGCUGUCGCAUGUUUACUCGCGAGUGUCCUGCUCUGCGUGACCUGUGGCCUGUCAUGUCUUUCGUAGAGAGCUGGAUUGAGCGGUGCCUCAACGAGAGCGAGAGCAAGCGGUACUCCAGUCACACCUCCCUGGGGAACAUGUCCACCGAGGAACAUGAAGAGAAAGAAAACAACAGAGCUUCCAAGCCACAUUCAACACCAGCGACUCUCGAGUGGCUGGAAGAAAAUUAUGAGAUCGCUGAAGGUGUGUGCAUUCCCCGAAGUGCCCUCUACAUGCACUACCUGGACUUCUGUGAAAAGCAGGACUCCCAGCCUGUGAACGCCGCCAGCUUUGGAAAGAUUAUCCGACAGCAGUUUCCACAGCUGACCACCAGGAGGCUGGGGACCAGGGGCCAGUCGAAGUACCACUACUACGGCAUUGCAGUGAAGGAGAGUUCUCAGUAUUAUGAUGUGAUGUACUCCAAAAAGGGGGCGGCGUGGGUGAACGAGACGGGGAAGAAAGAGGUCACGAAGCAGACGGUGGCGUACUCACCACGCUCCAAGCUAGGAACGCUCCUGCCAGACUUCCCAAAUGUCAAAGACCUAAAUUUGCCCACCAGCCUGCCAGAAGAGAGGGUGUCGACCUUUAUCAUGAUGUACAGAACGCACUGUCAGAGGAUACUGGACACGGUCAUCCGCGCCAACUUCGAUGAGGUCCAAAGCUUCCUGCUGCACUUCUGGCAGGGCAUGCCGCCCCACAUGCUGCCUGUCCUCAGCUCUUCCACCGUGGUCAACAUCGUAGGCGUGUGUGACUGCAUCCUCUACAAGGCCAUCUCUGGCGUCCUGAUGCCCACGGUGCUGCAAGCGCUGCCUGACAGUUUAACUCAGGUUAUUCGAAAAUUUGCCAAACAGCUUGACGAGUGGCUAAAAGUAGCACUUCAUGACCUGCCGGAGAACCUGAGGAAUAUCAAGUUUGAGUUAUCUAGAAGGUUCUCCCAGAUCCUAAAACGACAGACAUCAUUAAAUCAUCUCUGCCAGGCAUCGCGGACCGUGAUCCACAGUGCUGACAUCACAUUUCAAAUGCUGGAGGACUGGAGGAAUGUGGAUUUAAACAGCAUCACCAAGCAGACACUUUACACUAUGGAGGACUCCCGAGAGGAGCACAGGCGGCUGAUCAUCCACCUGUACCAGGAGUUUGACCGUCUCCUGGAGGAGCAGUCUCCCAUCGAGGCCUACAUCGAGUGGCUGGACUCUAUGGUGGACCGCUGUGUCGUAAAGGUCGCAGGCAAGAGGCCUGGCUGCCUGAAGAAGGUGGCCCAGCAGUUCCUGUUGAUGUGGUCCUGUUUUGGUACCAGGGUAAUCCGGGAUAUGACCCUUCACAGCGCGCCGAGCUUUGGGUCCUUCCACUUGAUCCAUCUUAUGUUUGACGACUAUGUGCUGUUCUUGCUGGAGUCCCUGCACUGCCAGGAGAGGGCCAAUGAGCUAAUAAGGGCCAUGAAGGGAGAAGGCAGCACAGUAGACCGAGAGGAGGAUAUCAUACCUGUGGAGACCACACCUAUUUCCUCGUCUCCUGGAUCUUAUUCCUUGGUAAGAUCUGCCCCCUCGGUUGAUGUUCCCUCUGUCAGCACCCCGACUGCGGCCCAAUCCCCAGAGUACACUGCACUCACGCCCACCACAGGCGCUGUUCAGUCAUAUACCUGGUCCCUUACAUACACAGUGACAACGUCAGGCGGCUCCCCUCCAGAGGGUGGACAGCAACUAGCCUGCAUGCGCAGCAGUGCUCCGGUGCCCCCCGCAUCCGCUGCCCAUCGGAUGCCAGUCUAUGCACACAGGGAUGAGCAUGGGUACACCAGCAGCUACAACUAUGGCAGCUAUGCCAACCAACAUCCCCAUCCCAUUCAGAGCCAGUAUGCCAGUCUAGCCCAUGAGCCAAGCAUCCCAUCUCCUCUCCACUACUCUGCCUACCACCGUUCAUCUGCACAGUACCCACUCAACAGCCAAAUGUCUCGAAUGGAGCCUUGCUUGAUGAGCAGCACGUCUCGCUUGCAUUCCACGCCCGUUGCCCCCCGAUGGCCAGAUGUCGCACCCGUUAACAGCUGUUACACCAGUCCCCCUAUGCACUCCUCCCGAUAUGCCUCCUCUGGAGACAUUUACUCCCCGCUGGGCCCACGCAGGAACUCAGAGUACGAACACUCACAGCAUUUCCCUGGCUUUGCCUACAUUAACGGAGAGGCCACCACUGGGUGGGCCAAAUAGCCCACGAAAGCAGGGGAGCUCCUCUGCACAACCAUGCACAUGCCACUAGCCUCUGACGAUGGUGAAUACAAACCACCCAAGUCUCCGAACGCACCUGACAGAGUAAACAAGAACAGGAAGAGGAGAGGGUUAAGAGUGUCGAAGCAAGGUUAAAGGAAUCAUGGCAUGGAGGCACCGGGAACUUAAGCUGACAAAUUAAAACAAUCAUUAUAAUGAUUGUGAUGCGGUUUGUAUGGUGGUUUAAUGACUUUUCCAGAACAGUUGAUACGUUCAUUCACUGUUGGAGGAAAAUAAGUAUUAUUAAAAUCAUAUAUAUAUUAUCAAAACUGGCAGCAGAAUUAUUUUAAGCGUGCAAUGCUCCUGCCAAGCUGUGCCUUUUUUUAGGAAUGUCAACAUGUGUCAGUCUUUCCCCUGUCAGUCUCUUAAGUAAGCACAGACAUCAUCCCGGCACUGUGGUACUGAUGAAACGCUGUGCUGUA